ACAAUGACAAUGACAGGCUGAAAUACUGUCAGUGUAAUUUAUUAUUGUUUCAUUUAACCGGGCUGGAAUUGGAAUUUAGCGAGAAUUUAAAGUUUAAGUUUUGUUAAUGUGCUUAUAACCUCUAUUAAUUGCAUUUAUUACAAAAAUAAAAAAAUCACGAUGUCAAAUAAUGUUAAUCCAUUAGCAGGAACAGCUCAUUUGUUGGACGAAUUGGACAAGAAACUCAUGGUGUUGCUGCGAGAUGGCAGGACAUUGAUCGGCUAUUUACGCUGCGUGGAUCAGUUUGCAAAUUUAGUUUUACACAAAACGAUAGAAAGAAUUCACGUCGGCAGGGAAUACGGUGAUAUACCACGAGGAAUAUUUAUUGUUAGAGGAGAAAAUGUUGUCCUAUUAGGUGAAAUCGAUAAGGAUAAAGAAGAUAGCCUGCCAUUGACAGAAGUGUCAGUUGAUGAUAUUCUAGAUUCACAACGAAGAGAACAAGAUGCCAAAAUAGAACAACAGAAAUUGCUUUCAAAAGCACUCAAAGAAAGAGGGCUUAAUUUAUUAGCAGACUUGGGCCAUGAUGAUAUGUUUUGAUGUAUAUUAUAACUACAAUAAAUCGUUAUUUAACACUAAAA